CCAUGUAAUAUCCUGGCCGCGCGGGCGCGCGAGGGGCUGAGGCGGCGCCGGGGCGGGCGCGGAGCUGGCUGGAGGGCGGCGGAGGCGGUGCCGUAGGGGCCCGCUGAGGCGCGCGAGGUUUGGCGGCGCCCGGAAGCCUGUCGCUUGCGCGGUCUCUCCGGUUCGCUGAGUCCGCGCGGGAGGCCCGACGGCGGGAGGCAGCAUGUCGGUAGCGGGGCUGAAGAAGCAGUUCUACAAGGCGAGCCAGCCGGGGAACACCGUCAGUUGUGGGGAGUGCUGGAUGCAGACGCUACACGUGAAGGUGUUACUUCCAUGGCGGUGCUGCUGCUCUUGCCGGCCCCGAAAAGCUGGUCAGUGAGAAGGUCGGAGGGGCUGAAGGGACCAAGCUGGACGAUGACUUCAAAGAGAUGGAGAAGAAGGUGGAUGUUACCAGCAAGGCCGUGACAGAAGUGUUGGCCAGAACCAUCGAGUAUCUGCAGCCCAACCCAGCCUCGCGGGCCAAGCUGACGAUGCUCAACACGGUGUCCAAGAUCCGAGGGCAGGUGAAGAACCCUGGCUACCCGCAGUCGGAGGGCCUGCUGGGCGAGUGCAUGAUCCGCCAUGGGAAGGAGCUGGGCGGCGAGUCCAACUUCGGCGACGCCCUGCUGGAUGCCGGGGAGUCCAUGAAGCGCCUGGCUGAGGUGAAGGACUCCCUGGACAUAGAGGUGAAGCAGAACUUCAUCGAUCCCCUCCAGAACCUGUGCGACAAGGACCUGAAGGAGAUCCAGCACCACCUGAAGAAGCUGGAGGGCCGCCGCCUGGACUUUGACUACAAGAAGAAGCGGCAGGGCAAGAUCCCCGAUGAGGAGCUGCGCCAGGCCAUGGAGAAGUUUGAGGAGUCCAAGGAGGUGGCCGAGACCAGCAUGCACAACCUCCUGGAGACUGACGAGGCAGCCAGAGAUGGGGGCCAGAAGGAGGGCAGCUCUUCAGCCCUGGCUGGUCCCUUGCAGAUCGAGCAGGUGAGCCAGCUCUCCGCCCUGGUGGAUGCCCAACUGGACUACCACCGGCAGGCCGUGCAGAUCCUGGAUGAGCUGGCUGACAAGCUCAAGCGAAGGAUGCGCGAAGCCUCUUCGCGCCCCAAGCGGGAGUAUAAGCCCAAGCCCCGGGAGCCCUUGGACCUCGGAGAGCCUGAGCAGUCCAACGGGGGCUUCCCCUGUGCCACGGCCCCCAAGAUCACAGCUUCGUCAUCUUUCCGAUCUUCCGACAAGCCCACCCGGACCCCCAGCAGCAGGAGCAUGCCGCCCCUGGACCAGCCGAGCUGCAAGGCCCUGUACGACUUUGAGCCUGAGAACGACGGGGAGCUGGGCUUCCAUGAGGGCGACAUCAUCACGCUGACCAAUCAGAUCGACGAGAACUGGUAUGAGGGCAUGCUCCACGGCCAGUCUGGCUUCUUCCCCCUCAGCUACGUGGAGGUGCUGGUGCCGCUGCCCCAGUGACCGCGUCUCCAUGGUGUGUCGGCCCGCCGCCCCUCCAUCCAGAUCUCUGCAUUCCACGGGCCCCCGCAGCUGGGCAGUGCUCACAGCCUGCGGGGCGGCCCACUCUGGGCCUGAUCCAGCCCCAGGGCAGCGGGGCCCCUGUUUACACUAGUGCUCACCCCCGGUGGUGGGGGCUCCCUUCCCCACUCCACGUGGCCGUCUUGGGGGCUGGGCAGUGUUCCUCUUUCCUGCUGCUCACAACUCUGCCCCCCCAGCUCCGCCCGCCCCACCCCAGGAGGCUCACACUAAGGUGCUCUUAGAAACACUAACUCCUCCCACCCCUCCAGGGACUGGUAACUCAAGGUGGGCCCCCCUUCUCU